GCCGAGUUAAAGAGAUUAAUGUUCUUAUAAAUACAAGCAUUACGUUAGCUUCAGAUCAAACACACCUUAAAGUCUUAAACAUAUUGUUCUGUUUUAAAUAUACUAGUUUCUUUCUCUUUCUCUCUAUCUCGCGAUGGAAGCUCAACACCUUCAUGCUAAGCCUCGAGCUGAAGGAGAAUGGUCCACAGGAUUCUGUGAUUGCUUCUCCGACUGCAAAAAUUGUUGUAUCACAUGUUGGUGUCCAUGUAUUACAUUUGGCCAAGUCGCUGAGAUUGUAGAUCAAGGAUCAACCACGUGCGGUACGGCUGGAGCACUAUACACGUUGAUAAGUUGUUUCACGGGUUGUGGAUGUAUAUACUCGUGUUUCUAUCGUGGAAAGAUGAGAGCUCAAUACAAUAUUGGAGGCAAUGAUUGUGGAGACUGCCUUAAACAUUUCUUCUGCGAGCUCUGUGCUCUUACCCAACAAUACCGUGAACUCAAAAACCGUGGUUUCAAUAUGGAUCUUGGAUGGGCUGGGAACGUACAGAGGCAGCAGAACCAAGGCGUGGCGAUGGGUGCUCCAGUCUUCCAAGGCGGCAUGACCCGCUAAGAUUUAUUCCUUCAUAUGCAAUUCAUCUAAGUCAAUUCAAUAAAACGAGGUUUAAUCGUCUGCCUGUGUUUGUGUAAUAUGUUUGUUAUUAAGUGCUUUUGUAAAAAAAGUGUUGGUUAAGAAAAUGGUUGUAUCUAUUUGUAAUUUUGUAUAAUAUUCGGUCUACUGAUAUACUUAUGUUGGAGUAGUCAACUUUAAUGCCAUUAUAUAUACAUACGUCUUUGACUUGAUUUGGUCGAGAUUGUAAAUGUGAGAUUGGAUGGCAUACUUUUAAAUAUUUUAAUUAAAUCUGCUUUUUAUUUUA